AUGAACGUUCAAAUUAAUCCACGAGAAGAGGAUGCUUGCUUAUUGGAGUAUGGCAGUGUCGAUGUUGAUAGUCAUAUGUCGGUUAGAAUUUCUGCCGUUUUUGUUUUACUUGCUCUUUCUGCUGCAGGGGCACUUUUACCAUUAAUUGCAGCAAAAUGGAAAAGAAUUAAAUUACCAACUUGGUUUUUCUUCCUUGCUAGAUAUUUUGGUAGUGGAGCUAUUGUAUCAACUGCUUUUGUUCAUUUAUUAGUAGAUACAAGUGCUACUUUAACUAAACCUUGUUUGGGAGGUACCUGGGUGGAAUAUCCAUGGGCUCAAGCUAUAGUGCUUAUGUCUUUAUUUACCAUUUUUGUCUUUGAUGUUAUUGCCCACAAGAAAUUUCAAAGUGAUCUUAGAGACGGUAGUUGUAGUGAAAGUGAAUCCAAUGAUAAUCUUGAUGUUAUUACUGAUGUUACUGACCAUAAACUUAAUGAAGAUUUAGAGCUGGAUCUCAAAAAACAAAAUGGUCCAUCCCAUAUGGUUGAUGAAUUUUACACAAAAGAACUUUUAAUGAAAAGAAUGUUGAAUUGUGUUAUUCUUGAAGCCGGUGUUGUAUUUCAUUCAGUAUUUGUUGGAUUAUCCUUAGCCAUGUCAGGAAAUGAAUUUAUCACAUUAUAUAUAGCUAUUUGUUUCCAUCAAUUUUUUGAAGGUAUGGGUUUGGGUACACGAUUUGCCAGUCUUGAAUGGCCAAAGAAAUAUAACUAUGUCCCCUGGUUGCUGGGAUUUAUUUUUAGUUUAGCUACCCCAGUUGCAAUGGCUGGAGGUUUAGGAGUUAGAAAAACUUAUUCUGUUGAAUCAAGAACUGGGUUGAUUACUACUGGUGUUUUCAAUGCUGCUUGUGCUGGUGUUUUAAUCUAUAGUGGGGUUUCUGAAUUAAUGGCUGCCGAUUUCAUUUAUUCUGAAGAAUUUAGAGACAAGGAUAUGAAAUUAUUGGUUUUGGCCCUUUUACUGUUCAGUUUGGGAGCAGGUAUUAUGGCUUUCCUUGGUAAAUGGGCUUAG